CGAGCCAGCCCAGGAUAAGUGUCAGUAGAGGAGCGAUGGUGGUGGGAGCGGAGCGUCGCGGGAGCGCGGUGUUUCUGGAUUGCUAGCGCGGAGCGGAUGAGAUGCCAUCAUGAGCACGGAGAACGCCCCGAGUCGGAGCGCGUGCCUCACCUUCACUAUCGAUAGCAUCCUGAACCUGAAGCAGCAGCGGGACGGGGAAGACUCGGACGGUUUCAAGGUGCAGCGAGUCGGUGGAGUAAAAAACGAGUUUCACAGUGGAUAUGAGAAGGCUUGGGACGUCCGGAGGACGCGGGACAGCCUGUCAGAAGACACAGCGAAGACACGAAUCCACCCGGCGAACCGCGGGGACAACACAUCCCAGCUUCUCGGCUCCUCUCCCGGGGCGCAAGGCGCGCACCGCGCCGAGGACGCACUGGAGCAUCAGCAGCAGCAGGAGGAAUCCACGGCGGACACCAGCGCCAUGCUCAAGAAAAAGACACGCACCAUCUUCUCCAAAAGACAGAUCUUCCAACUGGAGGCGACUUUUGACGUGAAGCGCUACCUGAGCAGCUCGGAGAGAGCGUGCCUCGCCAGCUCCCUGCAGCUCACCGAGACGCAGGUGAAGAUCUGGUUCCAGAACCGCCGCAACAAGCUGAAGAGACAGCUGUCCACGGACAUGGAGGGCCCGCUGGCCGCAGACCACUUCCCCGAGGCGGGGAAGAACGCGCAGCUCGGGGGCUUUUAUAAGGACAGCAGCGGCCUGCUGGGAGGCUGUCUGGUCCCCAUGCCUGUCCCCGUCCUCUACCCCACCAACGCUGCGCCUUAUAUCUACUUCUCCAACACAGCCAAAUACUUCGGCCUGUUCGAUUCGGACUGAGUGCGCGCGAGAUCUCUUAUCUUGAUUAUUAUUAUUGUUUGGGUCCAGAGGACCUAAGAUCUUGGACCAAAACUAGUCCGGAACACGCAUGUGCCACUUUUUUGGUCUCUCACUAUUAUUAUUAUUAUUAUUAUUAUUAUUAUUAUUAUGGGGUGUCUAAUAGAAAUUUUAUCACAAAACGUCAUGUUUUACCUAUGCGCAUUUCAUCAGAAUGAAUGUAUCUGCGUUAAUUGAGCGAAUUAUGUUUCUCCGCAAUAGUAAGUGUGUUAUUUUUGUGUAUUUAUGGCCUUAUUGUUAUUGUUUUAUGCGUUAUUUUCACGUUACCUUUCAUAAGACUGUUAAACUGUGAAUGCAGUUAUACUAAUGAUGAAUUUUGCAAUAAAAUGUGGAUUAUUUACAGUUUUUACUAA